CAAAGCUAGUGUCUGAAGCUGAAGAUGAGUGUUCCUGAUUCUAAGCAGUGGUCUAUCCACUGAGCCACCUAGCCGCUUCACAUAAAGGAAGAACUGUCUGAUAAUAGAAUGGGCUGAUUCAUAAGGUAGUGAGCUUCCUGUCCCAGGAAGUAUUCAAGUAGAGGCUAGUCAGCCCUGCUUUGGGAUUCUGUAGAAGGGAUUCCUGUAUUGAGGCGGGGAAUGGGACUUGAUAAUCAUAGUUCUAAAGCUGAAAGGAAUCACAGAGGACAUUUUACAAAGGAGAAAACUGAGGCCCAAAGAGGUAAAAUAAAAUGGCUUCUCCGAGAGAGUGAAGAUCAAAGGCAGAAUCUGAACCCAGUUUCUCUGAUUCCAGAGUUAGUAUUAGUUACCCCAUUGUCUAACCUUGUCUCCCUAGGAGAUGACUUGGAGAUGCUGCAGUCCUUCAUGUUCCUAGCACCAUCCCUCCUCCCCCAGAGGCUGCUUCCUUGUGUUUAGUCAGGUACCCAGUGUGGUUCUGGAUUUUGGGAUUCCUUGCCAGCUCCCAAGAGCUGCUAGCACAGGAGGAAAAUGGGGCUAAAGGGACUGGCUCUGAGCACACAUUUAAAACCAAAGCAUCUUUGUUCUGGUAAACUGAGGGUGAAAGAGACCAAGAUUGAAGUCUGUACAAUUAGGGAUGUCACAGAGAAAGUAGCCUGGAGCUGUUCACCAACACUUGAAUUACCAGAACAAGAUGGCCCCCUUUGGAACUCAUGUGAAGUAAGCCUGGGACAACGAAAAGCAGUCUGGCUUCACACAGUAGGUGACUUAUUUCCCCAAGAAGUGACACAGCCAAGGAAUGGAAAUGAGUGAAAAUACUAUUUGGCCAGGUUGAUGAAUGACCCUUUAAAACCUAUGAGAAUUGCAGAACCUCCAAGUCCAGAGGAGAGCUCAUAAAGCAUCUCGUCCAAUCUCUACCUGGGCAAGAACCCCUCUGCAACAUCUCCAUCUAGCUUUUGCUGAAAUACCUUCAUUGGUGGGGAACUGACUGCCUACCAAGCCAGCCCUUGGAACACACAUGUACACAUAGGCUCUGUCUGCUGAUGAUGGAGGAGGAGGAAGAUGACGAGGAGGAAGCCUGGCUGCAGCUCCGACCCACUGAGCCUUUGCCUGCUCAGUGCUGCGGUGGCGGCUGCAAACCCUGCGUGUUUGACAUCUAUUACCAGGAGCUCGCCUGGUGGGAAAAAGCCCAGACCAAGAAAGAUAAGAGCCUCCUGCGGAGAAAGAAGGAAGAGCAAGGUCGCUCAGAGCUGAGCCUGGAAACCUUUCAGGCCUUCAGCAUUAGUGCCGUGGAGCAGCUGACGGAUGACACCUGCCAGGUCCGCUUCGCGCUGCCUGGGAACACGCAGCUGGGGCUGAGCCCUGGACAGCAUCUCAUCUUACGGGGGACCGUGGAUGGUUUGGAAAUUCAGAGAGCCUAUACCCCGAUCAGCCACAGGAACACUGAGGGGUAUUUUGAAGUUUUAAUUAAGUGCUAUGAGACAGGGCUCAUGUCCCAGUAUGUCAAGUCCUGGAAAGUUGGUGACGUGGCAUUUUGGCGAGGACCUUUUGGGGGCUUCCCCUACAGACCGAACCAGUACGGUGAGCUCCUCAUGCUGGCCGCGGGCACUGGCCUGGCACCCAUGCUGCCCAUCCUGAAGGAGAUCACAGACAAUGAGGAGGAUGAGACGUUCCUCACCUUGGUCAGCUGCUUCAAGACCUUCGAGAGCAUCUACCUGAAGCCCCUCCUCCAGGACCAGGCUCGCUAUUGGAACGUUCGGACCUUCUUUGUACUCAGUCAGGAAGCUUCCCUGGACAAACUGCCCUGGAGUUACCAAGAAAAGACCCACUUGGGCCGUCUCAGCCAGGCCCUGGUCCAGGAGCUGGUCGACUCCUGCCGGAAGAAGCCCUUCGCCCUGGUGUGUGGCCCAUCCGAGUUCGUUCAAGACAUGGCCUUGUGUUUGCAGGGGGCUGGGCUGACCGAGGAGUCCUACUUCCUGUUUUAGCCCCGGCUGGCCAUGGGAGGAGCAGAGAAGCUAGAGAGAGGACGUCCCAGCCCCUCCCUCCGACCCCCUCGUUAUGGCUGAGGAAAGGGUGACCCAGAGAGGUUAGGACUUUGGGUCAAGGUGGCAUUAGGGGAGACAAACCCUAUGACUGUGGAAAGAACACUGGAGCCAGAGGCAGAGGACUGGAGUUCACAUCCUCCAUAACACCCCUGAAGAGGGGUGACCCAGCUUCCACUUGCAGACCUAUAGUGAUGGGGAACUCAUUACCUCCCAAGGCAGUCCAAUUCAUAGCAGGUCAGCUCCAGGUUGUAGAAGAUUCUUCCUGACACCGACCUGAAGUCUGCCCCAGUCUGUCCACUCAUUGGUCCAAAUUCUACCCUUUCUCCUUGAGGUCCUUAAAGACAGCUCUUCUGUGCCUUCUCAUCUCCAGGCUAGCUUCUGGGGGUCCUUGCAUAGUCUCCGCAUGCGGCGUGGUCUCUGCCCAUUGCCUUUAAUUCUGCCUUCAGGGCCAAGCUCAGAAUCACAGGAUCUCAGGGCUGAGGGGGGAUACCAGGGGCCACCUUGUCUAACUGCUGCUACCUGAACGGGAAUCAACAACGCCCCUGACAAGUGGUCAUCAUCCUGCUGUGUAAUACUUCUAGUGACAGAGACCUUACUACCUUGCGAGGUGGCCCAUUCCAGGCUCGGACAGCUCUGAUGGCUAAAAUGAUGUGUCCUGGUUUCAGGCCAAAUGAUCAGCUUCUCUGUGCCUUCCCCCGCUUGUUUCUGGGCAUAGGGCAUUGAUGGGGGCAUGGAGGGAGCCUCAGCGUUGUAGGAGGCAUGGGGUAGGGAGGAGGGAGUAGCCAAAAACUGCUCAUUCCAUGGCAUUACCACGGGCCAGCAUGUCUUCAGAUCUCCCAGGGAUGGGGGAAAGUCUAGUGGGUUCACUUAGGAAAGGACUCAAGCCCUGGGAGGUUUCUCCUGUGAGCGAGUGGUCAUAGGUCUUGGGAUUUAGAAGGGGUCUUAGAAAGCCUUGGUCCAAGCCCCUCACUUUACCAAUCAGCUGAUGGUGGCCCCGGGUCAUAAAGGCAUUGAACAGCAGAGCCAGCGUCUGGACUCAGGUCUUUGGUGUCCAUUAUAGCCUGGGCUCUUCUCUCUUUACAUCAUCUGUCAUUAGCUGAAGGCUCUGUCGUCUUCUUUCAGGGCUCCUUGCCUUCAUGUCAAAGAUAUGGAGGCAGGACACCUGCCCUAGGGGCAUGGCUCUGUCCCAAGGGGGCUGGGUUGGUCUGUACAGGUAUAGGUUGUCUUCCAUGAUAGAAUGUAAGCUUUUUGAGAGCAGGGGCAGUUUCUUUGUGUCCCUAGUGCCUAGUACAGUGCCUGACACAUAGUUGGUGCUCAAUAAAUGCUUGUGGAUGGAUUGAUUGUGUGGACAAAGGUAGGAGCAGCUAGACAUGCUUUAGUGUGAGUCAGGCAGGCUAGGGGGAGGUGGUCAGCAAAGGUGGAGGUAAGGACAUAAAGCUGGGCUGUCCAGAGAGUGGAGGGCAGCAAUAGUCCCACUGUCUUCUACCCUGGUCAGACCACAUCAGGAAAGGAAGGUCCUUGACCCCCCCAGGAGUUCACAGGAUCCAGUAUUUAGAGGAAGGGAACCUUGGAGAUCUUCAAGUCUAACCCUCUCAUUUUACAGAUAAGAAAGCUGAGGCUGCGGAGGUUUAAUGACUUGCCCAAGGUCACACAGUUAGUAAAUAUUAAAGGCAGGAUUUGAACCCACUUUCUCUGACUCCAGAACUUCUUCAGCUAGGAAAAUACAAGCAGGAAAAUUAAAUUACCUUUAUGACAUGUGGGUGUCACAAGGUUUUAUAUGUAAGAUGACAGCUUUUCCCCAGUAAACUCAGAAAAGAGGAAAAAUAGUUGCAUCUGUUAGACUAAUGUUAAUGGUUAAUGGUGCUUGCUGGGUUAUUCGUGGAUGUUCAACCCAAGGUCAUCCAUUCAUGCAGCCUGGGGGUCCAGUCCUGUUGUCUCACCCUCCACCUCUCAUAUACACCCUCCUCUCCACUCACACAGUCCCUCCUGACCUCUCACCUGGGUUAUUUUUUUCUUUUUAUUGAUUUUGUUAAAUAUUUCCCAAUUAUGUGUAAAAAAUUAAUAAUCAUUUUUU